CAAAAGAUCCAACGACCCCUCCAAAUACCUCACGCCCCAAAGCCUCGCCCACCGAGAGAACCUGAACGCACUCUUUUGGUCUUGACUCACUCUGACCUGCGUCUUCUUCCCGCUCCCUGUGAGCCGCUUUUUCUUCUUUUCUUAUUUGCUUCCUUUCUUUUUUAGAACUCGAUCUCGUACACCGGCAAGAGCCAGCGGCGCAACAAACCAUUCUCCGCCCCUCUUCGUCUCGAGGAAACACCGACGACAACAUCCACCCCGCCGCCGUCUUCGGCGUAAGAAUAUUUGAUUUGCCCGAACCACACACCACAACCCUCGUCGUGCAUUGCCUUCGCUUUCGACAACAACAACAACAACCUCCCUCGACAUCAUGUCUAUCGAUUUUCCCAAGGAGGAGGAGGCCGUCCUCCAGAGAUGGCGCGAGAUCAAGGCCUUUGAGCGUCAGCUUGAGUUGACCCAGGGCAAGCCCCUCUAUACCUUCUACGAUGGCCCUCCUUUCGCCACAGGGCUUCCUCACUACGGCCAUCUGCUGGCCUCUACCAUCAAGGACAUUAUUCCGAGAUAUUGGUCCAUGAAGGGAUUCCACGUCGAGAGACGUUUUGGCUGGGACACCCAUGGCCUGCCUAUCGAGCACGAGAUUGACAAGAAGUUGGGAAUCUCCGGCAAAGCUGCCGUCAUGAAACUAGGCCUGAAGAACUACAACGCCGAAUGCAGAUCUAUCGUCAUGCGCUACAGCGAGGAGUGGCGCCACACUGUUGAGAGGCUCGGCCGUUGGAUCGACUUUGACAACGACUACAAGACCAUGGAUCCUACCUUCAUGGAGUCGGAAUGGUGGGUUUUCAAGCAGUUGUUCGACAAGGGCGCCGUCUACCAGGGACACCGUGUCAUGCCUUACUCGACAGCUCUGACGACUGCGCUGAGCAACUUUGAGGCCAACCAAAACUACCAAGAUGUCAGCGAUCCUGCCAUUGUCAUCGCCUUUCCCCUGCGGGACGAUCCCGAGACCAACUUGCUGGCUUGGACGACCACUCCAUGGACCUUGCCAUCCCACCUUGGCCUGGCCGCCCACCCUGACUUUGAGUACAUCAAAAUCGUCGACGAGAAGUCUGGUAAGAAGUACAUCCUGCUCGAGAAACUCCUCGGCACUUUGUACAAGGAUGUCAAGAAGGCAAAGUUCAAAAUCCUCGAAAAGAUCAAGGGCAAGGACAUGCUGGGCUGGAAGUACGAGCCCCCUUUCAACUACUUCUAUGAGGAGUAUAAGGACGUCGCGUUUCAGGUUCUGAAUGCCACCUAUGUCACUGAUGACAGCGGUACGGGUAUUGUUCACCAGGCGCCCGCUUUCGGUGAGGACGACUAUAACGUCGCCCUGGCCGCUGGCAUCGUCACGGAGAGUAGACCCCCUCCCGACCCGAUAGAUGACGGCGGUCACUUCACUGGCCGCGUUUCUGACUUUGUCGGCAUGCACGUCAAGGAGGCCGACAAGCACAUCAUCAAGCACCUGAAGACUGCCGGAAAAAUCGUGGUUGAUUCUACGCUCAAGCACUCGUACCCAAUGUGCUACCGAUCCGACACCCCCCUCAUCUACCGCGCUGUUCCGUCCUGGUUCGUUCGCAUCCCUGAGAUCAUCCCUCAGAUGCUGGAGAAUAUCAAGGGCUCUCACUGGGUGCCUUCUUUUGUCAAGGAGCGCCGCUUCGCCAGCUGGAUCGAGAACGCGCGUGACUGGAACGUUUCGAGAAAUCGGUACUGGGGUACACCCAUUCCUCUCUGGGUCAGCGAGGACAUGGAAGAGCGUGUGUGCAUCGGCAGCAUUGAGGAGCUGCGGGAGUUGAGCGGCUACACCGGAGACUUGACUGAUCUUCAUCGCGACAACAUUGACCACAUUACGAUCCCCAGUAAGAUGGGCAAAGGUACCCUCAGGCGCAUCGAGGAAGUCUUUGACUGCUGGUUUGAGUCCGGUAGUAUGCCGUACGCAAGUCAGCAUUACCCUUUCGAGAACGCGGACAAGUUCGAGAAGUCCUUCCCUGGUGACUUUAUUGCCGAAGGUUUGGACCAGACCAGAGGCUGGUUCUAUACCCUUCUUGUGCUUGGUACCCAUCUCUUCGGCCGUAUUCCCUUCAAAAACUGCGUCGUCAACGGCAUAGUUCUAGCGGAGGACGGAAAGAAGAUGUCAAAGCGUCUCAAGAACUAUCCGGUACCUGAUAUUGUCAUGGACAAGUACGGCUCCGAUGCUCUGCGGCUCUAUCUCAUCAACUCGCCUGUUGUGCGUGCCGAGCCCUUGCGCUUCAAGGAGUCCGGCGUGAAGGAGGUUGUGCAAAAAGUUCUCCUGCCCCUUUGGAACAGCUACAAGUUCUUCGAGGGCCAGGUGUCCCUACUGAAGAAGGUCGAGGACAUCGACUACGCUUGGGAUCCCAAGGGCCUGGCGAACAACGAGAACGUCAUGGAUCGUUGGAUCUUGGCCAGUUGCCAAAGUCUGUUGCAGUUCGUCAACGAGGAGAUGAGCGCAUACCGUCUCUACACUGUCGUCCCUCGCCUGCUCGGCCUUAUUGAGAAUACCACAAACUGGUACAUUAAGCUGAACAGGAGACGCCUCAAGGGCGAGAAUGGCGUCGAGGACACGCAGCAUGCGCUCAAUACCUUGUUCGAGGUUCUUUUCACGCUGUGCCGUGGUCUUGCCCCUUUCACCCCUUUCAUCACCGACACCAUCUACCAGAAGCUGCGCCCCUUCAUUCCCAAGGAGGCCGAGGCCGAAGAUGCGCGAAGCGUCCACUUUUUGCCGUUCCCCGAAGUACGACAAGAGCUGUUUGACGAAGUUGUUGAACGUAGAGUCGGCAGAAUGCAGAGAGUCAUCGACCUGGUCCGGGUCUCUCGUGAAAGAAGGUCUGUUGGUCUCAAGACGCCCCUGAAGACCCUUGUGGUCAUCCACCGUGACCCACAGUAUCUCGAGGAUCUCGAAUCUCUCUCAUCCUACAUCAGAGAAGAGAUGAACAUCAGAGACCUGGUGCUUACGUCUGACGAGGCCAAGUACAAUGUCCAGUACAGUGUGACUGCAGACUGGCCAGUGCUGGGCAAGAAGCUCAAGAAGGACAUGGCGCGCGUCAAAAAGGCACUUCCGACGCUCAGUAGCGACGCUGUCAAGGAGUACUCGGAGAAGAAGGAAAUCCUGGUCGACGGAAUCAAGCUGGAGGAGGGCGACCUUGUGGUGAGGCGCGGGCUGAAGGAGGACGAGUCUUCUAAGAACCUGGAGACGAACUCUGACAACGACGUGCUCACUAUACUGGACGCGGAGCUGUAUGUUGAGCUCGCGCACGAAGGUCUCGCCCGGGAGAUCAUCAACCGUGUGCAGCGCCUGAGAAAGAAGGCCCAGCUCCAGCCUACAGAUGACAUCAAGAUGGAGUACAAGGUCAUCAGCGACCCUGACAACAUUGGCCUCGAGGAAGUGUUUGUGUCUCAAACCAAGGCCAUCGAGAAGGCUUUGCGGAGACCGGUCGACAAGCACGACGUCACCAAGUUGGAGGGCGAGAUCUCGACGAAGCAGCAAAAGGGAUUGAUUAUGGAGGAGGAGCAGGAAGUGCAGCACGCGACAUUCUUACUUCGCCUGCUCGAGUUGUAGACAUGAGGUGCCAAAGUUGAUAGGGCGCUUACUGGCAGCGCAUACAGACUCUAAAUGACUGUUGGCCAUGUCGAGCGCGGACCUGGAACCGCCCCCCCCCCCCCCAA